CUAUCGUCCCAGGAAAAGGUGGACUUUAGGACCAAGGGCAGACAGAGAUGGUCAGGACACGCAGGCUGGAGCGCGAGCGCGUCAAAUCUCAGCAGCAGGGACGUGACAUACACAAUGAGGUCACGUUGAGCCUGCCGUCUCUGGCAUCAUGAGCGGCAAGAGCCUCCUCCUGAAGGUCAUCCUGCUUGGUGAUGGCGGUGUGGGCAAGAGCUCGCUGAUGAAUCGUUAUGUGAGCGACCGAUUCGAUUCACAUUCGUUCCACACCAUCGGCGUGGAAUUCCUGAAUCGCGACCUGGAGGUGGACGGGCGUCCUGUCACGCUGCAGAUUUGGGACACUGCGGGUCAAGAGCGCUUCAGGAGCCUACGCACACCAUUCUACCGUGGCGCCGACUGUUGUUUACUGACAUUCGCUGUGGACGAUGCACAGAGCUUCCACAACCUAAGUGCCUGGAAGCAGGAGUUUGUGCGCUAUUCGGAUGUGCGUGAGCCUGAGCGCUUCCCCUUCGUCGUGCUCGGAAACAAGGUGGACAAGGUUGAGGACGGAGAACGGCAGAUACCUGAGGAGGAGGCACGCGCCUGGUGCCAGGAGAACGGCCACUGUCCGUACUUCGAGACUAGUGCAAAAGACGACACCAAUGUAAGCGCAGCCUUUGAGGCCGCUGUGCGUGAAGUGCUGGCCUGCGAAGAUCACGUUGAUCACACUUUGCUCGGAAGCACCAUUGACCUGCACGGCAACCGCAAGGCAUCCCGCGCUUCCUGUUGCUGAUGGUCUCGCUGAGAUUAAAGGCUUCAAAUGGUGUUAACAUACUAGAUGCUUCUCAUCGCUGCCUGCUCCUGUAAAGGUCAAUGUAAUGAAAUGGGAAAAGAUACAGGGCAUUGUAGAGUCUUGAUGGGAGGACUUUAUAGGUUUAUCUAGGUACAGAUGCUAGAGAAGUGCUCAUACAGUGUUACUGGUACAGUUUGUUUUGGCCUGCUUCUCUACAUGCAUUUGCAAAAGAGCCAGUGGUAUGAUGAAGGAGGGGCAUGUCCUCAGUCUGAGGUUAUACUGGACUUAACUUACUGGAGUAAGAUCUGUAACCCAUACAGUGUCUGUGUGUGUGUGUCUGUGUGUGUGUCUGUGUGUCUGUGUGUGUGUGUGUGUGUGUGUGUGUGUAAGUGUGUGUAAGACACCACACAGGAACAUCUUCGGAUAAAAAAAUCGUUGCUGUGUUGCAUUAACCUUGUGAAUGCUCCUAAUCUCUGCCUACACUCACAAAAGGACAGCGGUACGAUAAGAAUGCAGCAUAACCUUGACUGCAUAUCAUUUCUGGCUUGAUUAGUGAGAGAAAUUGCACACUUUGUGUCUAUGAUAUGCUAUAGUAUCUAACUGUUUCCUACCAGAGGCUCUUGUGCUGCACAGGGUUUUUGAACAUUUCUCUUCCUGAAGGUCACUUGUUUCUUCUUUAUCAGAAUGAUUGUGUUUUCAGUUCUGUUGUGAUGAUAUACAGGAGCCUAACCACAAAGUUCCUGAUUCUGCUUUUGUUCUACAAGUUUAUUCUGUUUUAUGGUUUAUGUAUGAACACGAAUUAUUUUUAUUUAUACAGACGCUAUGGUACUUUGUUUUAAGGUUGCCUGACACUGGAGCAGUUGUGAAGCAUGUACCAUACUGUGUCACACUAAAAAUAAGGGCUGUCUCAUUCAAAAAAAAAAAAGAGCUGUGGCCCUUUCUAUAGAGUGCAGUCACAUCAGAGUCUAGUAAACUAUUAAGAUUUGCUAUUAAGUCAGCAUUAAUGUGCUUUUGUUGCAUUUAACCAUCAGGAACAUUUGUGCUCUGGGUCAGCGGUUUUAUGUCUCAUUGUUUUGCUGCCUUUUACUUUUAAAUGGCAAAAAAAAAGUAAUAAUUUUUUUGCUAAUCUGAAUGUGAAAAAAAUGUAACCAAAGCACACUUGUCUUGAAUUUGUGUUGCAAAAGGUACUUGUGCACAGUCGUUUGUUUUCAGACAUAUUUGGUACACAAUGCUUUGAUAUUGUUAAGGUAUUUAACACCCCUCCCCAACCCUUAAUCCCAUGAGAUAUUGACCUGUCUUUCUGAGUAAAACAGAACUCGUACAAAUUUUGAUAUCUACUAUUGCUGUGUAUAUUUAAGCAACAGAUGUAGCUCAUCAGUCCUUUACUAACUAAAAAAAAAAUGGCCAUGUUGCAUUAACCUAAAGUAAGGCCCUUGCCUCUGCUUGCUCUUGCAUGUAAACUCCACCAUUUGCUUUAUUCAACUGUCCUGCUAACGGAUCAUGUAGUGGCCUAUACGAGUCGCAAAUCUCCCUCCAUUUAUCGCAGGUUCUUUCUCAGAGGUUUAAUGAGGAUGGUUCACUGUGAAACAGCAUCAGUUUCAGCACAACGUCUCCUCUCACGCUAACUACAGCUCCGUCCUUAUUUCUUCUCUGCUGUGGAAAACGUUGAACUGCCGAAAGCUGAUAGCAUUAUAAGUUAAGGUACCUGAAUGUCAUGUGUUCACUGUGAUUUGGAUCCAGUUUUAAAUGUUAUUACCUUGUUUGGAGUUCUUUUUAUUUGUUAUAAGUGUUGUGUUCUAGGGAAAGUGUCUGUUGUUGCAUAUACUGAAAUGAGUUUUUGAUUUAUUUACCAAUUCCUUUAAAAAUGGCUGUAAAUGAUUUUGAAGUUUGUUAACUAAGACUUCUGUUAUGUUGCAAUAAUCCAUGUUUACUUCUUUUUUGUGUGCUGUUUGUGUAUUUUGGAAUACUAGUUAAAGUUCUGACAAAAUAUUGCUUUGUAAAUCUGCCACAAGUCCAGCUAUUUAUUAGUACAGUGGCUUUGUUCAUGCUAAAUGUUGUAUGGGUUGUACUUAAUGUUUCUGACAUACAACAUUAAUCCAUCACCACAGUAUUUGCUUAAUGUGCUUGGAACAGAGCUCAAAUUGUAUAACGAUCCUGAAGAACAGGCGAGUUUCUUCAACCGUCCAGCCCAGCGCCUGGCAUCAUAUCGGUCUCGGCAAUAAAGGUAGUCAGCACUUUUGUUUACAAACCGAACUAAUGCAGUUGGCAGAUAUCCAGUACCGUGUGAAUAAACCUUUCAACUGACCAA